AUGUCUCAAGUCACCAUCACCGCCCUCCAAGCCGAGCAUCACCCAGACGGCUUCGCCAUCUCCCACCCAGCCCCUCGCCUUUCCUGGCGCUUCGCCUCCUCUACCUCCAAGCGCUGGAAACAAGCCUCAUACCGCCUCACCAUCACGCAUGAGGGAGCGAAGGAAGAAGUGUACCAAGUGAACAGUGCGGAGAAUGUGCUCGUUCCAUGGCCUUCGAGGAAGCUGUUGUCGAGGGGAAGGGCGAGGGUCCAAGUGCAAGCUUUCGGUCAAGAUGGGGAGGGGACAAACACAAUCGACCUCACGCUUGAAGCUGGUCUUCUCCUGCGUUCCGACUGGUCAGCAGAACUCAUCUCCGGCCCUCCUCAAGACCCCGAACUCCCCAAAAUCCCCUUCCGCCUCGUCAAAACCUUCUCCCUCCCUUCUCUCAACCCUUCUUCCCCCGUCCGGUUUUACACAACAGCUCUCGGUCUUUACUCGUGUACCUUCAACGGUACCCCCGUCGGCGACCAUGUUCUCGCCCCAGGCUGGACAGAGUACAACGACCACCUCCGUUACCAAACCUACGACAUCACCUCCCUCCUCCACCCCGGCGAAAACACUAUCGAAACCUACAUCGGCGAGGGCUGGUACGCAGGCAGACUCGGCCGGCCUGGGAAGCGAAACAACUGGGGCGAGAGGCUGGGAUGGAUGGGGCAGAUCGAAGUGGGAAAGCAAGUCGUGCUGAGGAGCGAGAAGGAAGGGUGGCAGUGUUUGGAUGGGCCGGUCAAGAGGGGAGAGAUCUACAAUGGCGAGACCUUCGACUCUUCUUACGACUAUUCCCACCCCGUCUUCUCCCCCGUCGAGAUCCUUCCCUUCCCCACCGCCAGCCUUCUAUCCUCUGACGCCCCUCCCGUCCGUCGCGUACAAGAGAUCAACCCUAUCGAGAUCAUCACCACCCCUUCCGGCAAACACGUCCUCGACUUUGGUCAAAACUUGGUGGGCUGGCUGCGUAUCGAACGAGACUUUGAGGGAGGGGGCGAGGUGGUUUUGAAGCAUGCGGAGGUGCUAGAAGACGGAGAGCUGGGUAUGCGGCCGUUGAGGACUGCCGAGUGCGAGGAUCGGAUCAUCUUGGGCGGCGAGACGAAAGGGUGGGAGCCCAAGUUUACUUUUCACGGCUUCAGAUAUUUGGAAGUGGAAGGCAUCAACCCCACCCCCAAAGACUUUACCGCCAUCGUCAUCGUCUCCGACAUGCAGCGUACGGGAUACUUCAAGUCGGACCACAAAGCUAUCAACCAGUUGCAUGAGAAUGUCGUUUGGGGUAUGAAAGGCAAUUUUGUAUCUGUGCCUACCGACUGCUUCCUCUCAGAUUGGCUUCUCGACCUCUACGCCUCCCAAAAAACCCACUCCGGCGUUCCCCCAACCGUCAUCCCCUACGUACCCCCCAACAAAUUCAACUCUCAGCUCCCCAAACCGCAAGCCGCCUGGGCUGACGUCGUGGCGCUCCUCCCUUGGGAUCUGUAUAAGAGUACGGGGGAUGUUGAGGUUUUAGAGCAGGGGUGGGAGGGGAUGAGAGCGUGGUUGGACAAGGGUGUGCCGAGAGGGGAGGACGGGAUGUGGAGUGGGGAUGCAGAGUUGUAUGGGGACUGGCUAGACCCCAACGCGCCUCCGCAAUACCCCGCACAUGGCCGUACCGACACCCACCUCGUCGCCAACGCCUACCUCGUCCACGUCACCCGCCUCGUCGCCCACAUCAGCACCCUCCUCUCCAAACCCCCCUCCAUCAUCUCCAAAUACACCUCCGACGCCAAACGCCUCCAUACCCUCUUUCUAGACGAAUACGUCUCCCCAAAAGGCAGACUCGUAUCUGAUACCCAAACGGCUUACGCUCUCGCGCUCAAAAUCGACUUGCUCCCUGAUGAGGCGCAGAAGAAGACAGCGAGGGAGAGACUGGCGUUUCUGGUGAGAUGGAAUAGUUUCAAAGUGUCGACGGGCUUUGCGGGGACGCCGAUCCUUUUGACAGUGUUGGCGGAGGGGGGCAUGGAGGAUUUGGCCUAUAGGAUGUUGCAAGAGAAGGAUUGUCCGGGGUGGCUUUACGCUGUCGGGAUGGGCGCUACUACAAUUUGGGAACGCUGGGACUCAAUGCUCCCCGACGGCAAGAUCAACCCCGGCCAAAUGACCUCUUUCAACCACUACGCCCUCGGCGCCGUAGCCCACUUUAUGCACAAAUACAUCGGCGGCCUCUCCCCCCUCACCCCCGGAUGGAAACGCGCCCUCGUCAAGCCCAUGGUCGGGGGCACAGUCCGGAGCGCCGAGACGAGCUUUGACUCGGCUUUGGGGAGGUAUGCGGUCAAGUGGUAUGUGGUGGCGGACGAGGGAAAGAUGCAUGUGGAGGUGCAAGUGCCGCCGAAUGGAGAGGCGAGGGUGGUGUUGGAAGGGGUGGAUGAGGUGGUUGGGAGUGGGAGGUAUGAGUGGGAGGUGGAGUGGAAGGAAGAUGGGAGGUGGCCGCCGAGGGGGAUCCGGGGACCGCAGAGUGUGGCGAUGCCAGAUGAGUAUGUACCAUAG